AUGAACGAUAAUUCUGACAACAGAAAAUCUCGUAAAUUGAUAAAACCAAAACUGUCAACUUCGCCCCCUGUGCAUCCAGAAACAUCAAGUUCAAGAGUCAUACGCGAUGACGAGGAAAGAGAGCCCUUGUCCGCCAAAGAGGCCCUUUGUCCGCUGCUAGCUAAGGAUUCAGAGUGGGUGGACAUCAUCCAAGCUCCAGUGCAGAGCGCGCGUGCUAAUUCGUCUGAUGAAGAAGAAGUUCUUCAACUCGUGGAAUGUGAAGAAGGACCACAAAUGAGGCCGAUGGCAGCAAUGUUUCCUGAUUUGCUUGAAAAAGAUCCAAGGACUUUACAAGGAAUGUUAAACAAGACUAUAUCUACUACGGAAGUAACAAGAACAUUAGUAGAUUUAGGUCAAAAGGCCAAUUUUAAAUUUAUGAAAAAAACCGAUCGUUUGAUACCACCUGACAAACAAUGGCUGGAGAGUUUGACUGAAUACAGUAGUUCUAUCAUGUCUGAUUGUUAUAGUGAAAGCAUAAUCAGUGAUUCUGAUGGAGGUUUCACGGGAGAUGAAGAUUUCAAUGAUGAUAUUCAAGCUGCUGAAACGGCGCAGAAACAUUCGGCACCUCAAUCUGAUAUCGCAAUUCGAAAUAGUGUAGCAAAAUUACUCUCUGAAAUGUGUCAAAAGAUAUGUGGCACAGAUUGCCAGGAAAAUUUAUCAUUCAUGUAA